AUGGGUCAAAAGUGUUUUAAAGGCGGUGAAGAUACGCCAUGGGUGACAUUUAAUUGUAAUAUGAUGCAAAUUCGUGAAAGUAAUAAUAUUGCGAUGGAUUUUACAGAUGGUGGGGAAGAUAACGACGUAAAAGUUAGAAAUUGUUGUUGUAUUCAAUGGCGUCGAAGGGUGGUGAAAAAAGACAGAGAGAUGAAGAAGGGAAUGGAGGAAAUAAAAGACAAAAGGGUACCAACGGAGAGGCGACCCAAAGGAGAACAAUUGAAUUGGUGA